AUGACAUUAAAAAUAAAAAGAGUAGAUCUUAGGUAUAACCAGCUAUCUUAAAAUCCUCACCUGUAUAACUUAACAAAAAAAUAGACUAAAAUAUAGUUAAUAAUAACAAUCUGGAUAAAAAUUUAGAUAAUAACGAAGCAAUAUAAUCAAUUAAUAUUAUCUACCAAACUCCUAAUGUACAAGACUAGCCACAAAUUAAUUCUUAAAAAUAAAUAAAUUGGUAAAUAAAUAGAAGAAAAAGGAACUCUGUUUUUUCUUAAAGCAUUUACAAGAGUAGUCAUAGUUUAUAAUCUACACAGUCAAGCAGUAAAAACAUCUAAAAAGUUGAACAAUAAUUAUCUCAAACAAAUAUAUAUAACGUAAACUAAAACCUAGAUAGUACGAAUAGAAAAAGAAAGUCAAAAUAUUAUUUUGAUUUUUAGUAGAACAUAUUUAAUCCUGAUACAGAAAGAUAAGAAUGAAACAAAUUAAAUAUAAAAAAGAUUCUAAAUAUUUAUUAUUUAAAGAUUAUAAAUGAAUUUUAAAAUAUUAUAAUAAUUAAUAGUUUCAUUUUAUUUUUAACAUAAUUAAUAUAUUAGUGUAACCUUCAUUUUGAAUUGA